AUGAUCAAGAGAAAAUCGCACACCAAGUCCCGAAAUGGCUGCCGAAAUUGUAAGAAGCGGCACGUCAAGUGCGACGAACAAGGCCCGCCAUGUCUGCACUGCAUCAUGCGAAAGGAGCCCGAGACGUGUACAUUUCCGUUUCUGCGUCAACCCCCCGCCUCAUCCAGCAGGCCGUCUUCGGUGGUUCCCCCCCCUCCGGCGGUGGUUACCCCUCCGGCGGUGGCUGUGGCACUGCCCACACUCCCGCCAAGCUCCUCCUCUUCCUCUUCCCCAGUCUUGACUGAGAACAACCGCAUUCUCGAGCUCGAACUCAUGCAUCGCUGGUCCACCCGGUCAUGGACCUGUCAAGAGACCACCCCGGCGUGCCGUCCGUAUCUACAGGAGCAUCUCCCCCGCGCCGCUCUCCGGAACGGGUACCUCCUCAACGCCAUCCUCGCCACCGCCGCCGUAGACCUGGCCGUGUCAUACAAGGACAGCUCACCCAGCGACUCGGCGUCCUACUACCGAACGGCGCUCGAGUACGGGAACAAGGCCAUGUCCGACUUCCGCACGCAGGUGACCACCCUGACGCCCGAAAACGUCGACCUGGUCUUUUACUUUUCGAGCCUGGUGGGCGUCGUGCAUUUCGCCGUGCCCGCCGCCGACGAGAAUAUGAGCGUCAUCGACCGCGUGUGCGAGCAGGCCGACUUGACGCUCAAGUCGGGCCACAUCAUCGCCGAGAACCUGGCGUGGUUCAUGGCCGGCCCGAGUCCCAUCCCGACCGUGGUGCGGGAGUACACGCAGGACCUGGCGUUGCUGGACAAGCUGGACCCGAGGACCCGUGCCACCUUGGACCUCAUGACGUCCGUCUCCUGCCAGGUUCGGGUCCCCCCGACGAGUCCGACCAUCCAGGGCGGCGCUGCUCUCACUAAGGAAGUGUUGGUUUUAUCUGAGGAAGGGCAGGGACCGUUCGCUCGCGAGCUGCAUAUUUACCGGCUCGCCAUCGGCCAGACAAAGUAUUGUUACGCAGAGGACCUCCUGAAUAGGCGCAAGGCCUACUUCCAUACCAUGUUUGCCGUUGCGGGACCGCGUUUCUCGGCCGCCGUCCGGAACCGUGAACCCAUGGCCGUCUUCGUCCUCAUGUACUGGGGGGUUCUCGUCCACCGGCGGAGGCGGGACCCGUCGCUUUGGGUUCUGGUGCCGGAAGGACGCGACAUCGUAGCCGAGAGCACGUCGCUGGUGUUUUCCUCGGAGAUUAUCGACGUUCCGGGGGUGCGGGAGGGUAUUGCGUGGACCCGCUUCCAGGUCGGACUACCCGAGCUUCCCGGAUGUGUCCUCCCUCCCGCGUUGAUGGAAAUAGGGAUCGUGACGGCGGUGGACAUGGACUCGGUAGGGGGCUCGACAGAGGGGUUGGGAUUAUCAGAGCAGAGCUUGUGA